CUUUGACACAUCCGAAAUAUAUAUUCCUAAUCAACAAUAUUUUUAUUAGUGCUUUACUCUAUGGUUAAAGAUUUCACCGUAAAUUUGCGUACUUAUUUACAUCCUACAUCAACGAUGAAAACUUUUGACAUAAGGAAAUUCUAGUUUGUGAGGAAAAAAAAAAGAAAGAAAAAACAUGGAGGAAGAUCGGGCUCAGGCCGAUCUGGGCAUCGCCGCAGAUAUCGAGGAGGCCCAUGCGGCGCCGCCAUCACCACCGGCUCGGAAACAGCCGAAGAAGAGAUUUUUAGGGAAGAGAUAUGUAGGAAGAAAAGCCGCAGAAAGCAAUUCCAAAAAUGGAUCCGGAGAUCUGUCCAUUGAGGACAGCGGUGCUAUUCAAGUAUCUCAACCCAGGCGGGCGCCAAGAUUACUCAAUCAAGUGCCCCCCGAAAUUCUAAAUGACCCCGAACUCAAGGAGGCGAUGGCGCUGCUGCCGUCCAACUACUCGUUCGAGAUCCCCAAGACCAUCCACCGCAUCCGGUCCUCGGGGGCGAGGCGGGUGGCGCUGCAGAUGCCCGAGGGCCUGCUCCUGUUCGCCACCACCAUCUCGGACAUCCUGACGCAGUUCUGCCCCGGCGUCGAGACCCUGAUCAUGGGCGACGUGACGUACGGCGCGUGCUGCAUCGACGACUACACGGCGCGCGCCCUGGGCUGCGACCUCCUCGUGCACUACGCCCACAGCUGCCUGAUCCCCGUCGACGUCACCAAGAUCAAGGUGCUGUACGUCUUCGUCGACAUCAGCAUCGACGCCUCGCAUCUCCUCGCCACCCUGGAGCGCAACUUCGCCGCCCCCAAGACCCUCGCCGUCGUCGGCACCAUCCAGUUCAACGCCACCAUCCACGGCGUCAAGCCGGCCCUCGAGAAGGCCGGCUUCCGGGUCCUGGUCCCCCAGAUCGCGCCCCUGUCCAAGGGCGAGAUCCUCGGCUGCACGUCCCCGCGGCUGCCGGACUCGGACGACGUCGACCUCAUCUUGUACCUCGGCGACGGCCGCUUCCACCUCGAGAGCAUCAUGAUCCACAACCCGGCGAUCCCGGCGUACCGGUACGACCCGUACGCGCGGAAGCUGACGCGGGAGACGUACGGGCACGCGGAGAUGCAGGAGCUGCGGCGGGCGGCGAUCGCGGCGGCGAAGGGGGCCAGGAAGUGGGGCCUGAUCCUGGGGUCGCUGGGCCGCCAGGGGAACCCGCACACGAUGGGCCUGAUCGAGGCGAAGCUGGCGGCGAAGGGGGUCCCCCGCGUCCACCUGCUGCUGAGCGAGAUCUUCCCCGGCAAGCUCGCCAUGAUGGCCGACGUCGAGUGCUGGGUGCAGGUCGCGUGCCCGCGGCUCAGCAUCGACUGGGGGUACGCGUUCCCGCGUCCGCUGCUGACGCCGUACGAGGCGCUCGUCGCGCUGGACGAGAGGGAGGAUUGGAGCCGGAGCGGAGGCGUGUACCCGAUGGAUUACUACGCGAGGGAGGGGUUGGGGAGGACGAAGGGCGUGGAGGUGUCGAGCUGAUAGUUAGGUAGUUGCCUGUUCGCUACUCACUUUUCUUAGGAAGUAGGUAGAGGCAAUGCGACGAUCGAAGCUUGUCACGCACGACGCGGAGUCUUACAUACACGCGUAAAAUUGUCUGUCCCUGGUGGUAAAAUAGCGGCUUAAACGUGGGCAGCUGUGACAAAACCUGACUCAGGUAGGUAGGUACCAACUCACUCACCAUGGCAACCAACCGCCAGUCCCGCGUGUCCUGUCCUGCAGGUGGGUGUCCCGAGGCAAACAUACCUAGGUAGGUCGGUACCUUAUAUAUCGUGGUAGCAAGUCGUCUUUCCGGCCAAGGCACCUCGGCCGCUGGAUUGUCUAAGGCAGCUCUCUGGCUUAGCGGUCAACGCGCCCGGGUGGCUUGGUCAGAAAAAUCUUAACAAGUGUUCGGGUUUUCGUAGGUCUGGAUUCGACUCCCCUCUGGGACAUUCGAAUCCGGACCGAGCUUUUUGUAUUCAAAC